GUCGGCGGCGCUCUUGCGUCUCUCAGCUCAUCCGCGAGUGCGGCAGCAGCGCAGCUCUGCGUCACGACACACAGAGUCCUGAAAUAACUUUACCUGGCGAGUUGCGUGACUUUCCGUCUCUCAUCGGGCGUAAACAGGGCUUACAUUAAGGCACCACUUCUAAAUGGCGAGUCCAGCUUCAGAUGCAGGACGGCAUCUUCCUCUGCAGGCUCAUCAUCACCACCACCACCAACACCAUCACCAUCAACAUCAUCAGACCGAACCGGCGCCCGAACCCGCUGUCCGUGAGGCGCAGAGAUGGAUAGAGGCAGUGACCGGCAGGAGUUUUGCUGACAGGGACUUCAGAACAGGACUUGACAACGGCAUCCUACUGUGCGAACUGCUGAGCUCAAUCAGACCGGGUCUGGUGAAGAAGAUAAACAGACUGCCCACUCCUGUAGCUGCUCAGGAUAAUGUGGUGCUCUUCCUGAAGGGUUGUGAGGAGUUGGGUUUGAAGGGCUCGCAGUUGUUUGAUCCUGGAGAUCUACAGGACACCUCCACGCGCACCAACAAAAGUCCAGACAACAACAAGAAGUUAAAAAAUGUUCUGAUCACUAUCUACUGGCUGGGCCGAGCAGCCAAUAGCAGCGCCACAUACAACGGGCCCACCCUGGACCUGCACGAGUUUGAGGGACUGCUGUCACAGAUGAGAAAGGAAGCAGAAGAGUGGGACAGCCCGAAGCGUAGCAUCAGGGACAGUGGUUAUAUAGACUGCUGGGAGUCUGAGCGCAGCGAUUCUCUCUCUCCGCCGAGGCACGCGCGAGACGACUCCUUCGACAGCCUGGACUCCAUCGGCUCACGCUCCCAUCAAACCCCCUCGCCCGACGGCCUGCUCGCCCGCGGCUACAGCGAUGGCCGCGGCAGCGACUCGGAGUGCGACACCCCCCAGAGGAAGAUACCGGAUGUACGCAAGGAUGACAUGUUGGUGCGGCGAACAUCCUGCAGUGAGCCACGGACCGCUGUUCCUUUCAAUCAGUACCUGCCCAACAAAGCCAACCAGGGUUCCUAUGUGCCCCCACCAGUGCGACGCCCGCGUGCCGACAGAGACGAAAGCCGCAAAAGCUGGAGUAACGCAACCUCACCUGUUGGGGGAGAGAGACCUUUCAGUGAGAGUGAAACCCUUUCGUUAGAGUUGUCCGCUGUGGUAACAGGACGUGAUGUUCACUGUGUAGAUUCACAGCAAAUAGAUCCUGACUCUAAAUACUCCAGAGCGUCUCCUCAAAACGAGUCUCCCCCCAAAGACCCAAUUUUUCUUAAUCCACAACUCAGUGACCCUCAGAUUAGAUCCCCCCUUCCCAAAGACACCCUCCAUCCUUCUGUCCAACCCCAACCUCAAGAGCAGAGCCACUCAGACCAGGAGAAGAUGGAGGAGGAGGAAAAGGACAGAGAUGGAUGGGCCACUUUCUGCCAAAGUCCUCCAAACCCCUUGGAUACCCUUCAGAGCGACUUACAGAUGUCCCAUAAUCCGACUGCAGGAAAUGAUACCAGAUUCAGCCGUUCAUCUAGUGUGUUUGAUGAUCCAGAGAGCGUGAGCAUGAUUGACAUGAGAAGCGAGGAAGACUUGUCACCACAUAGUCAAGUUCGACACGAGCUCAUGCACAACCAGUACAACAAGCUGAAAGAGGAAGAAGACCACUGGCAGGAUGAUUUGGCCAAAUGGAAGAGUCGCAGGAGGAGCGUGUCACAGGACCUGAUCAAAAAAGAAGAGGAGAGGAAGAUGAUGGAGAGACUGCUAAGUGGAGAUGGAGGAUCACAGAGAAGGAAAAGCAUUAAGACGUACAGAGAAAUAGUAGAGGAGAAGGAGCGUCGUGAACAGGAGCUGCAUGACGCUUAUCGAAAGGCUCGCACACCAGAGGAGGCAGCAGCUGUGCUGCAUCGCUACGCCCAGCGAUUCACCAUCAGCGAGGCUGUUCUGGAGCGCCUCAAACUGCCAAAGCUGCUGGAGAGGAGUGUGUCGGCUGAUCCCACUCGUCACUCCUCUCUCCCCAUCUCCCAGGACAUCUCGUCCUCUUUCAGCGCUUCCCCUAAUGUGCUGCAGUACCUAAGGCAGCAGUCUCUUCCCGCAGCUAAGUUCACAUCCAUGGUCGAGGCAAGGGUGACGGGAUACAGCCCAGAAAAGGGAAUUGUGGGAGAUGCAGAGUGUGUCUCAGAUCCAUCUCGCUCACAUGGGCCAUCACUGGGUCCGAAACCUUACAGACAGAGCAGAGCUGCCACUGCUGGGAUGAGAACAGUAAAGUUGGAUGAAAGAGUGCGAGUGAAUGGGGAAAGGGAAGAUGACGGCCUCGGCAUUGAGAAGACAGGACCACAGAGAAACAAAGCAGAGGAAGAAGAUUCUUCUCAUCUACAGUUCUUCUCAUCUUCCUGCCAGCACACAGACUCAGACAUGACAGAUAGUGAAGUCUCUGUAGUUCAGCCCACGGUCCACAUGCUCUCAUCCACACGCACAGCAGAGAGCCCAGAGAAACACAGAGAUACUACAGAGAUUGAAGGACGGACGGUCCCGCAGGUCGGAGAUGUCCCUGAAUUCCCAAAAGUGUUGGAGAUAAAUCCAGAUGAGACUGUUACAGAUCAAGAGAAGACAGAUGAGAGGGGUAUGAGUGACUCUCUACACGACGUGAUUCAAAUGGAGAUUUCUGCACAGGUCAGUGAACUAACAGCUGAGAUCCCACAGAAAUCAACAAAUGAAUCUGAGUCAUCCAGACCCGAAUCAUACAGAACCAAAGCAGAGUUGGCUGUCAGUGCUCAGUUAACAUCGUUGUCAAGUAAUCCUAAAUUGCGCAGAGAUUUCUUCGCCCAAUCAGAUAUGGCUGAGAAGGCUCAUGAAAAUGUCCCUCCCUCAGUGCUGAAUCUGGUGAAUCGGGGUGAACACUUUUCUUGGGACCCUGAGGAAGAGCGCAAUCGUCAGGAGAGGUGGCAGAAAGAGCAGGAACGCAUGCUUCAGGAAAAGUAUCGACGUGAGCAGGAGAAGCUAAAGCAGGAGUGGGAGCAGGCGCAGAAGGAGGUGGAGGAGGAGGAGAGACGCUACCAUGAGGAGGAGCAGAAGAUUCUGGAAGAGACUGUGACCCCUUUGACCCCACACUCACCAAUUGCACCGCCAGUCCUUCCCAAAACUCAAAGCACUUUACACUCCCAGCCCGAUCGGGAAUAUAAGCAGGGGCCAGUGGAGAAGCAGCCGAGUUCUGAGAACUGCAGACAAAGGGAAAACGGCAUCAGUGAAGCAGCACAAAGAAAGACGGAGAGUUUACAGAUGACAGUAAGUUCUCCCCUCCAAAGCUGUGGGUCAGUUGGUCAGAGAGGACAAGAAGACCAGAGCCAAGAUAAGCAGCCAACACUACAGUCUAGUCAGGAUAUGCCACUGGGCAAUAGACAGAUACCCCAACAGAAUGAGACAUGGAAGAAGAAUACAACACCACCAAAACCUGGUGGACGCAAGAGGUCCGACUCUAUAGAGAACAUUGGGCCAAAUCCAUCAACAUCACCUUCAUUCACAGACACACAAGCACCUCCAUCACCAAACAGGUCUGUCAGUGGGAAGAAACUGUGCUCAAGUUGUGGUCACCCACUUGGCAAAGGUGCGGCCAUGAUUAUAGAGACUCUCAGCCUUUACUUUCACAUCCAGUGCUUUAAGUGUGGAAUCUGUAAGGGUCAGUUGGGUGACACCAGCACAGGAACAGAUGUGAGGAUCAGAAAUGGUCUGCUCAACUGCCAUCAGUGCUACAUCCGCUCCCGCUCUGCUGGUCAACCCACUACAUUGUGAAAACACCAAUUCUGAGAGCAAGAAAUCCACCCAUAAAACUCAUGAAGUUUGCAUAUGUUAAUACAAGCACAUUUCAAAUCAAACCACUGCAAUGUCUUCAAGUCAGGUUUUCUUUUCCAUCACAAAGGAAAGCAUGCGACUAUAGUAAAAAAAAAAAAAAAAGUUUUCUGGCAGUAUAGCUGACUAAUAGAACCGUUUGUCAGCUGAAAACUAGUUUUUGUACUGUCUACAGAUUUCAGCCAUUUAUAGAUGACACUAAAGAGGAGCUGCAUUCAAAUUUGAAUUUAAAAUCCAUUCAUAUUUUGUUUAAAAAUCAGAGUAUUUCUCUUCAUUUUGCUCCUCAAAUGCUGUAGCUGAGCACUGUAGUUGAUGGCUAAUUAUUUCUCAGUAUUCUUUGAAUAGAUUAAAAGUAACAUCACGUUUUUAGAAAACAAGUGCCCUACAGUUCCACUGUUGAGUUUUACUAAUUAGGUGAUCUCUGGGUCUGGCAGGAGCACUUUUAGCUUAGCUUAGCAUAGAUCACUGAAUCAUAUUAGACCAUUAGCAUCUCCAUUAAAAAAAGAAAAAAAUAGUUUCAAUAAUUUUUUUUUAUUUUUAUUUAAAGCUUGACUCUUCUAUUUAAAGCUUGACUCUUCUAGCUACAUCGUGACUAAUAAGAAAGACUUGCUGUUUUCUAGCUUAAUAUGGCUAGGAACUCUCAUUUAGUUUUAUUAAUCAAAGAACUUUGGCUAUAUUAUGUAUCUAAUCUAUCUAAUACCAUGGCUGCAGUAGGUGCAAUGCCAUUGCAGUGUCAUUUUUGAGUGAGCUAAUGCUAAAUCAGAUUCAAUAGUCUAUGCUAAGCUAAGCUAAAAUUGAUCCUGUCAGACCCAGAGAUCAGCUGAAUAGAUAAAAAAAUGGUAAAGCGAAACUAUUUUACCCGCAGGAACUUAAAUUAAAAUCUUAUUUUCAAAAAAAAAAAAAAGAAAAGCUGAGUUUUCCUUUUAAACAUCUGAACUUAAAAUGUCCAAACUCUUAGGAUAAUGGAGAGUUUGUCCUUAUUUUGAAAAGUUGUUAGCAUUCAUAGUGCCUCAAGAUUUAAAAAAGUAAUCUGUAAUUAAGGGAACACAGUCACUGUAUCCCCCUGAUCAUUGUAUUUCUGGAGCAAAGUAUGUAUUUUUAUACAUUUGAGCUGAUAUAAAUACAGAUGCAUGUAAAAAGAGAGCUUCAAGAAAACAGACAUAUUCAUACAGCUGCUUAUUUUCAUGCAAAUCACUGUCCUUCAGUCCAUUGAUGGUUUGGGAAGUUGUUGCACUGAAGCAUUGUGCCUUAAGAGAGACGCAACGUCUGAAUGAAAAACUUAAAAAGAGGAAGCGUUUGGAUCCAAAGACUGUUUCUACACUCAUAGAAAAAUUAGGCUUUUAUUUUUGGUCAUGUAUGAUCUUAUGGAUCAAGCUGCACCUUGCUCUUUAAAAAUAAUGGAGUGUUUACCUCGAAAUUUCCAACACAAUCUCACAGAAAUUUGUAACUUUUAGAUUUUGUUGCUGACACGUAUUAAUUUGUAUGAUCACAUUCGUAUAUUUUAGUAAAAUUUGCUCAUCCCCCAAUGAUGGUUGAGUUUAGUAGUGGGAUUUGGGGACAAGCCUCCUUUAAAAAUCAUUACUACGAAUGAAAUUGCCACUUUUCUGCCAAUAUUGUAAAAUAGUUGUUGGCUGAAACUUGUUAGUUUGGCCAUUUUCACAGGACAUUUUUUUAUUUAUAUGCCAAACUCCACUGAACAUACAUUUCCCCUCUCAAAUAUAACAUUUGUUUUGCUUUCAUUUUUGGAAAAUGUGUUUAAAAAUAUAUUGCUUUAGUUUCAUUCUGAAAAUGAUUGAAUUUUAACAUGACAAAGCAAUACAAAUGUAAACCGUUCAUCGUAACACACUCACUGGCUAAAUGUAACUCUUGAUUUAGGGCUACCACUGUUAGAACAUUCAUCUUAUGUACCUGAACAGAAGACUUCUUGAUCACGAAAAACAGUUUGACUGUUUUGUUUGCUAUUUCAUCUUCUGUCAUUAUUGAUUUAUUUAGCCAGCAGUUCUGCGCUCCGGGUCCAGUCAUGUAUUUUAUGUUUAAUUCGUCAUAACUUUAGGUUUGACACAGGGCCGAGGCUUUAGCCAGGCAAGAUAUAUGUUGUUUAGGAGGGAAAUAGUUACCUUGGAAAAUAUAUAUUAAAUCUAAGGUAUAUUUAUUGUGUUAUUCAAAUCUCAAAUCUACACUAUCCAAAAAUAGAUUAAUUUGAUGUUCAAAUGCAACAGCUUUACAGUAUACUGUAUGUUUAUAAAUAAAAUAAUGAAAAAUUGAA